GUGAGUUGAAAGCUUGGCGUUUUUGAAACGUCGCCUUCCCCCACGUGAGCACGCGCGCGGGCGGGCUGCUGGAGUGGUGGGCCUCGCUCACUUUGGACAAAUGAGGGGCAACCUGAUCCGAGGCGACCUGAGGCAAGGCUCCCUCUGCCGGGCCUCGUCUUGCAGCUUGCAACAUUUUGCAUCUCGAUUGCGUCUGCACAUAACAAUUCGGCUUGCAAUUAUGGAUUAAAUUUGCUAGAAUGGCUGGCUUUGCGUCGGACAGCGGGAGCGAGUAUGGCUACGAUUUGACGAUGUCAGAUGAGGAGCAGGUUUGGGCGGUUAUUGACGAAAUCGCCCCAGUGUCGCCACAAAAUCGGCCCGUCGCCCCAGCAGCCCCCGACAUCCCAGCUCCCCGAACAAACACUUCGACUUUUGCAAGAAACACAAUCGCACCGACCCCGUUCGACCCCGACAUAAACUCCGACAUCGAGGCCGAAGCCAGUCUUGUUGAGGAGGUCGUUGCUGCUAUCACCGAGGACGAUCUGAGCUUGGAUUUUACGGAGCUCCAGGAAGACGACAACGAUGCCUAUGGGCGGGGCCAGGGCACUGUGUAUCGGCAGCAUUCCGCCUCACGCAACGGUACGCCGGAGAGUUGUCAUAGAAGGCUGGCGCCUUCACUUGUAGGGGAUGAUGGCGGGCUUGCCUCAUUCGUCUCUACGACGAAGCCUAGGCCUAUGCCUACGCUGCUUCCAGGCCCGGACGUUAGCUGCCCGGACUUGAGUCGUGCGCUAUCCGAUGCCCAAGAGGUCGCGCGCCCGGAAAACCCCAGACCUAACGGCGCGACGGGCCAAGACAAGCGGUCACCCCUGUUGCGUUUUCGCACGUUCCCCAUGAAGCCCUUCUCCGUGUCGGACCUGACGGCCGGGUCGUGGUGCGAGCUUCAAUAUUUUUACACCCUGACCCGGCUUCCGGGCGGCAAAAGGACACGGACGGCGGCGAUGAAACGCGGCACCAAAAUCCACGAGAAGCUAGAGCGCGAGGUCUUCAAGCCCGUCGAGGUGGUCAUCGCCAAGAAAGAAGACAACUUCGGCCUGAAGAUUUGGAACAUGAUCCAGGGUCUGCGCGUACUGCGAGACCAAGGUUUCACUCGCGAGUUCGAGGUCUGGGGUAUGGUUGAGGGCAAUUUGGUUUGUGGUGUCAUCGACGGAUUGAGUUCUGAAAAUCCCGAUGCGGAGCUGCAGGAGGAUGUCUUGAGCACCCGUGGGAGCAGUCAAGGCAUCACAAACUCGCAGCCGUACGAGCUGAGCACUCCGAGUGAUUAUGAAAUCUUCAUUACCGAUGUCAAGACCCGGAACAGCGCCUCUCCACCGCCGCAAGCACAGGUCCGGGUCUCGCUCAUCCAGCUCUUUCUCUACCACCGGUUCCUGUCCGAUAUGGCGUCCGACAGGCUGGAUUACAUGCGCGUGUUUGAGCGCUACGGCCUCAACCCCGACGAGCCCUUCUCAGACGCCUUCCUAGCACAGAUCGGCGCGGUCCACGACGAAGUUUUCACCGAAGCCGACGCCGAGACCGAAUCCACGCUCAGCAACAACGAACCCACCGAUGUCGACUCCAACGCGGAUUUUGUUUCGGCCCCUUCCAGCCCUUCACAACUCUCCUUCGCUAGCUCCUCGGAACCAACGCUGAAAUACCGCACCCUCCGCACCCUCGUCCCCCUCCUCAAGUUCGAAUUGGCACUCACCUUCCCCCGCGGCGCGUCAGACCUCGGCAAGAUAGUAGCAGUCGAGUACCGCUACCGCGGGCGGGAUCCCCCACCCCCGGACCCCACCACCCCCCUCCCCACAACAGCCACCGACUCGGCCACCAACCCGAACGGCCUCGCCCCCGACGAAACGGACCCCCUCCCCCUCCCGGCGGCGGCAGCCGGUCCGAGCCGCCGGCGGCAGCGCCCCGACCCGGGCCCCGAAAACAAAACCGAGCCCGAGCCCGGCUCCGUCAUCUGCACGCACACCUUCUUCGUCGAGCCCGAGACGCUCGACCUGUACCUGGCCGAGACGAUGCGCUGGUGGAAGGGCGAGCGCGCGCCGCGCGGCGUGGCCCUCGACGAGGCCGGCUUCAAGUGCCGCUCGUGCGACUUCCGCGACGCGUGCGAGUGGCGCGCCCACCUCGACCGCGAGGCCCUGCGCCGCGCUAGGAAGAGGAAGAGCGAGCGCGAGGAGGCCGCGGCGGCUGGGUUGGUCGCGGUGGCUGAAAAAGUUGGGGUGGGUGUGGGUGGGGGGGAUAUUGAGGAUGGUGGUGGUGGUGGUGGUGGUGGUGGUGGUGGGCCGUCGAGGGGGGAGGGGAGUAGACGGAGGGGGAGGCCGAGGAAGGGUGAGAGGGAGAGGGAGAUGGAGAGGCAGAGGGAGAUGGAGAGGGAAAGGGAAAGUGAGAGCGAGGCGGCGGCGGCGGCAGCGGAGGCGGAGGCGGAAGUGCAGGUAGAGGUGGAGGAUAGGGAGGGGGUUAAGAGGGGGAAGGGGAACGGGAAGGGGAAAGGGAAGGGGAGAGGGAGGCCGAAGAGGUCUAGCGAAAUUGGGGGUGUAUAUGUCUAAGGGAGUGAAGCGGCAACAGCUCAAAUUUGAUGACAUCUCAGGUUCAUUCUUGCUAAUGCAAGGUGCCGGGAUGUUGACGGGGGAGAUGAUUGUCAUGCUCUAUGUGCAUGGUUAAAUAUCAGCCAGAUACUACAGGUUAUGGAUCGAACUGAACACAGGCGAGGCUUGCCCAUUUAUGGAGCAUGCCAACAACACUGGGCGAGAUCAUCAUCAAACACAAACACUUGUCUCAUCACGGUUUUAAAUGCA